AGAAACACAUGAUAAAAGAUGAAGGUAGUAUGUGUUGUGCUUGUUUGUUUUGUAUGUGUAACAGUUUUAGCUGGAGGAUCAACUAAUCCUCUUAACGAACUCCUCAAGGCGGGAAGGACAAAAGCGUCAAUUGACCAUGUCGACACGCUCCGAAAUUAUGCACCCGUUUAUGUCGGAAUUCAACAUGGAUUAAGGGAUGCUGAUAAGAUCUCUAGCUUACCAGGGCAACCUCAAGUUAAUUUUUCUCAGUAUUCAGGAUAUGUGACCAUUGAUCCCGUCGCCGGUCGAGCAUUGUUCUAUUAUUUUACCCAAUCGGAACACCCUUCCGACAAGCCGUUGGUGCUCUGGCUAAAUGGAGGGCCUGGAUGCUCGUCAUUGGGAUCGGGAGCAAUGACCGAACUCGGACCCUUUCGGGUCAACCCAGACGGGAAAACUAUGUGGCACAAUGAAAAUGCCUGGAACAAAGGAGCGAAUGUGAUAUUCUUGGAAUCUCCGGCGGGAGUGGGAUUUUCCUACUCGAACAGGUCGUCGGACUAUCUCACCGGAGACGAACAAACUGCGGCCGACACCUACACCUUUCUCCUCAACUGGUUGGAAAGGUUUCCCGACUAUAAAAACAGAGACUUCUACAUAACCGGAGAGAGUUACGCAGGUCAUUACGUCCCUCAACUCGCGGCGCUCAUCCUUAAAAACAACAACCAAACACCCAUCAACUUGAAAGGGAUAGCUAUUGGAAAUGCGUACAUCGACGACGGCGACAAUUCGCGGGGAAUGUACGAGUUUUAUUGGACGCAUGCAUUGAUAUCAGAUGAAAUACAUCGAGGAAUUGCAGAGAACUGCAAUUUCUCAUCCGCUGUAACAAAUAUAUGUCGAAAUUACACUAAUCAGGCAGAUGAGUCCAUCGGCAACGUCUUCGCUUACGACAUCUACGCUCCCUUAUGCUCCUCCUCUUCAUCUCUAUAUACUAGUAUUUCUUCACAAGAUAAUCCUAGGGUAUCAGAUUAUGACCCAUGCUCGGAUGAUUACGUGUACGCGUAUUUAAACAGAGCAGACGUGCAAAAGGCUCUUCACGCCAAUUCCACUGGGAACAUUCCUGGACCUUGGAACUCCUGCAGCGACGUUGUGCAAUACGAUGCCAAGGACAUCAAGGCAACUGUGAUACCUACCAUUAUAGGGUUGAUGGGCAGUGGAAUUCGGGUGUGGCUCUUUAGUGGAGAUACAGACAGUGUGGUGGCAGUAACAGCGACGAGAUACUCAUUGGACAAAAUUGGAGCAGCUGUAAAGACUCCUUGGUAUCCUUGGUUCUCCCAAGGCCAGGUUGGAGGUUAUGCGGUGGAGUAUGAAAACAUUACGUUUGUGACGGUGAGAGGAGCUGGCCAUUUCGUUCCCAGCUAUCAACCUCACCGCGCCCUUACCUUGUUUUCAUCUUUCAUAGAGGGGAAGCUUCCCCCUAAUCACAUCUAAUUAUUAUUUUUCACACAUUGUAUAUUUAUAUCGUU